AAAUUAUUAGUGAACUUUAUGCGUUGCAGCUUUAUAAUUUAAUUUAUUACAUUAAUCUUUAAAGAUUCUUUAAUUGUCAGUUACGCAAAUUUACCGAAAGGUUCACUUAAAAUUACAACUGUUUCCGUAAAUUUUACGACAGGUCUACGUCAACUUAAUUUCAUUUGUGCUAACAGGGCGAAUUGAUGGAUCGGAACGUUUUUUUUUUUUAAGUCAAUGCCCGAUACAAUCUAAAUCCCAUUAUUUAAACUGUCGCCACAGUACGAGUCGUAAAAUUCAGUGAUAAAUUCCGAGAAGCCCAGCAUAAAUUUAAAAAGCUUAUGAAUAUUAAAAAAUGAAUAAAUUACAACCCAUUAACUAUUUAUUUAUUGGUAUUGGUAUGUCUUAGCUGAAGAGAUGCAACCGUUUUCGUUUGGUCAUUACAAUAAAUGACCAUUAAUUAUCUAACUUGUUUCCCAAGAGUUUUCUUCACAUUGCCUGGAAAAGCAAUAAAAAAUUAAUUAAUAUUGUGUAAACAUUGCCACAAUUUAUGACAAAAUCAAUUAUAUGUUAUAAAAUGAUAAAAUUUCACGGAUGGAUAGUAAUUGUAAUAAUACUAUGCAACUAAAAGAUUAUUGUAAUAAUCGGGUUCCCUUCACUUAUUUAUUACACUCGGGAUAGGAUAUAUUUAUUGUUUGUCUACUAUCGUCACUAUUUUCGAUAUACCAAGCAUGAGAUACAUUACAAGUUGGCUACCCAGCGCCUUAGCAAGGUCCCAAUACGUUAACAACUUCCAGUAUCUGACCUAAAUUUAAAUAUAUUCGCCAGCGGGAGACACGCGAUUCAAUAAUCUAACAAACAUUUUAGCCUUAUAUAUAUAUAUAUAAGCACCUUCAUACGUACAUUUAUUGUUUUAAGUACAAACAAACGUUUCGGUAAGAUAAUAAACAAUAUUCUUCAAGCUAGAAUGAGUCCGUGCCAGGCUGUGAUAUUUUCUCUGAGCAUCUGUUUUAUUAAUUGUCUUCAGACUUAUGGACAAAGGAACGAGCAUCCUAAAAUAGUCGGCGGGAAUUACGCAGAUGAAGGACAAUUUCCUUAUCAAGUUUCAUUGAGGAUUAAGAAUCGUCAUUUUUGCGGUGGAUCUAUUAUUAAUCACAGAUGGAUAUUGACUGCCGCUCAUUGUUUGAGAAAUUUCAACGAUACGGCAAUUAAAGUAGUAACGGGAUCAACAAAAUUGGACGAAGGAGGAAAUUGGUAUCAAUCAGUCCGUAUUGUCCCACAUGAACGUUACAGUUCAUUGUUUAUUAGAAAUGAUAUCGGGCUGAUUGAAGUAGACGAGGAUAUUGAAUUUUCUGACAACGUUAAGCCUGUUGAUCUUCCGACGGGUAACUUUGAUAAGAGUGAUUAUCCGGCUUAUUUGUCUGGCUGGGGUAAAACUAACUACCCAGGCAGUAUUCCCAACGAGCUCCAAUACAUAAAACUCACAGUGAUUGAUCAAAAACAGUGCCGUAACUUCAGUAUGCGGGUGACAAGCACCAACAUCUGUACAUUGAAUGGCCGAGGCGAGGGAGCUUGUCAUGGAGACUCUGGUGGGCCUCUAGUCGCAGACGGAGUUCAGAUCGGCGUUGUUUCUUGGGGAAUCCCUUGCGCGAAGAACAAACCCGAUGUCUUCACAAGGGUCCACAGCUACCUCGAGUGGAUUAAAGAAACAACCGGAGCCGAAUCUGAAUCUGAAUCUGAAUCCAACACCGAUACUUUCGAUUUUAUCGAUGAUGAUUUUUAAUGAUAAUUAAUUUAACAGACAUCUAAAAAUUUUUUUUUAAUUUUUAGAAUU